CGUCGCGUUUGCUGAUAUCUGACCGAUCCUACUUCAGCACGACUCCGCAAUACUACAUCACUCCUGCGUCAGGUGCAGCAUGGUCGCCGAUGGAUCGUUUCACUGUCAUCACGUUGCAAGCGAGUGCCACCUCAAACUCUACCGGCACGCUCGUCUAUGGCUACGGCGGGCAAAGCGCCAACCAAAUUCAGCCGCAAACCUACUACGCGUUGACUUCACCUAGCAGGGAACUCGCUCCUGGUUAUGCCGUACCGGAUAUGACCAGCGGUGCGUGUCCCGUCGUGCUGGUCUCGUACGUCUUUCUCGAGCCGAGUGGGGGGGUCUCCACCGCGGUAAAGCCUAGCUCUCGAGCCAACUUUGACGUCAAGGCGUAUGCUGCAAGCGCCGGACUCGGUGACCCGAUCGGUUCCCAUGUCAUGAUCGUCUCGAACGGCGAGCCUGCAAGCGCGUGUUUCAGCACUGUGACUGUCAGCGCCUCGUCUUCCUCUGCUUCAUCGAUAGCAACUACUACUUCGGUCAUCUCCACUACCACGACCAAGUCGUCUGCCAUUUCUACGACGUCGGCAACAUCCACCGCAAAGACCUCGUCAACCAUGUCAUCAGUCAUCUCUACGACAUCAAACAUGUCCAGUACGACGGCCUCCUCAGUCUCGACCGCAAAGACCUCGUCAACAGCGGCCACAAACACCUCGACUACAGUCAAGCCUGGAACAAGCGGCACAACAACGACCUCGGCAUCUACAACCGGACGCUCCAGUACGCUGAUUUCUUCCACCGGGAGCAGCCGCGUCAACACGAGCACGUCGGGCCUAAUCUCGACCAGCACUUUGACCGGCUCAAAAUCUACCGGAUCGCAGAGUCUUUCCACGGGGACGGCUAAUAGAACUUCUACGAUCACGGUCGGCCCCCCGACGACCUCCAUCAAGACCACAGCACCCGCUUCUUCGAGCCCCUUUUCGUCGAUCCGGACGUCCAACCUGACAGGAAUCGCCUCGACCACAUCUCGCACUUCGAGUGGGAGCAUCUCCAUGGCCACUGGAAGCCGGUCGUCUGGAAGCAUAUCAACUGGGAGUACAUCGACUGGCGGCAGUUUGACAGGAAGCACAUCCACUGGCAGCAAGCCGACAGGAAGCACGUCCACUGGAAGCUCGUCGACUAGCAAUCGUACUUUGACAGGAUCCACCUCGACUAUCAGCCGUAGUACGACAGGCAGCGGUGUAUCGAGUCUCACUUCGGCCGGCAACAUAUCCACAGUCGUUAGAACCUCGACGACCGCCAGUGUUUCGACGGGUUCCAUGUCCACCGCGACCAAGACUGGCAUCGCCACGGGAACGCAGUCCAACAACUCGACUUCGACGGCCACUACCGUGAUUUCCACUCGCACUUCCACCGGCACGCUCUCGCGCAACGUUACUUCGACCACCACAAUGAUUACAAGCACGACGAGCUCGAGUGUAAUCACGACCUUGACCAACAACACGACCGUCUCCAGAUAUCAAACCGCCACUACGAGUUUGGCCGUCAAACCUACCUCGGGAGACUGUGCUAAACCCCCUGACACGCUAUCGGGUCUGCUCACUGCGCCUUGUGGCGACGGUUUCGAUGUCGCUCUUGACGAUCGCUUGGGUUACCUAGACUGGGCCAACGAUUUUGCCGGCUCACAGGCUGCGUGGGCACCAGCGGUCGCCUCGGGUCAACGUCGACGGUGGUUCUGGUUUGGGCGCCGCAGUACCGAGAGGAUCGCUGCAAAGCUCGAAAAGCGACACAUCUUUAGCUGGCUCACCGAUUGGGUCGAAAGUGCGGUAGACUACCUCGCCCGAAAGGCGCGAGAGCUGGUGAACGAGAUUUCCAAUCUUGUGCGUCAAGCUGAGAAGGGACUUGACGAUCUGGCCGAUAUUGUGCUCACGGGUCUCAACACUCCGGUCAAUACUGGCUUCGAAGAGUCUUUCCCGAUCGGCCUAAACUUUGGCAACAAGACGGAUUCUCCCUGGGACGGCAAGUCUGCUUUCGCGCUGUACAAGAAGGAAAAGGAAAAGGGCACGUCGGCAGGGGACUUUAAACUCGAAGCGGGGCUUUACUGUGUCGACUGCGGUGUAAACGGAGCGGUCUCUAUGGGAGGCACUAUCGGGUUCCGCAUCUUGCCUCCCGACUUAUCUACGGCCAUGGUCUCUCUCGGUGGCAAUCUGAAAGCAGGCGUCGGGCUCGGUCUGCAUGGCUCGGCUUCGUUUUCCAAGGAGGUGGAGAAAAAGAUUGUCGACAUCGUGGUACCCGAAGCCGGAGUCAAGGUCGCCGACCUGUUCUUGAUCGGGCUCGUCGUUCACGUCGAUGCAAUCGCCUCGAUGGAGCUCAAGGCGGAAGGAAAGAUACACGUCGGAAUGGACAUGGUGAUUGACAAUUUUAAAGCAACUCUCGAUCUCAUCGGAACCAAAACCGGCGUUUCAAAGUUCAAGCCUAGGUUCGAGAAACGAUUCGAAUCGGAAGGUUCAGUCGAGGCUUCAAUCAACGUCGGACUGCCCGUCGAGCUGGCUAUUGUGCUCGAGAUUCCACCCGUCGACUUUGAACAAGGGAUCGGUCUCCGAAACACGGCCGAGCUCAAAGGAUCGGGCGUUCUCUUUGAUGACGAAUGCGCCAAGGGCAUCAAGUAUGGUCUGGGUUUCGAGGACAAGUUUGAGCUCGACUUUUUCGGCAAGGUCAAGAAGCUGGCGGGGUACACUUCUCCCGAGAUCUUGGGAGGGUGCUUCUUACCAUUUGGAAGUGACCCCGGACCGGAUCCUUCGACGACGACGUUGACGACGACGACCAGCGAUCCCGUAACCCGGACCGUCACGACAAGGACCAGGACGACUGCCAGUACGACAGCCAUCGCCACGGCGACCUCGAAACCAUCAACAGGCUUUCCCACGGCGGCCGACAGUCCCUUCAUCUCGGCCCGCUGGUAUGAAUGGGCGUAUUUCCCAGAGACACAGUGGGAAGGGUCGCAGACACGACGAAACGACCUGACAGAUCGCGAAUCCUGUAUCGCCGCGUGCUUUGCCGAGAACAUCAACGGAUGCAUAGGAAUCUCGUGGUUUGAACAAUUUGGCAUCUGCAUGCACACCCAAGAUACAGCGAAUCCUGGUGGAAGGGCGUACUUGGCGGGACCAUUGUCUCUCGGCGAGGCCUUCUUCUUCGGUCCUUGCGAAAAGGCCGUAGCGUACGGAGCUUCAGACUAUUACACGCGUGUGCCCGACCUGUGUCAGCGGUACUAUCCCGAGCUGCCCGUCAGCAGCGAGAGUUCAGCGAAAGUCGGCGAUGACGCAAGUUCAUGGUGCUUGCUAAGAGGAGCCAGCAGUGUGGAUUAUUCGUCGUGGGUCAAGGGGUCCAGCCUCAAUAUUCUUAUCGGAGACAAGUAUACCAAUGAGAUCGGCCCGAGCACCGAAGCCUGCUGGUAUGCUUGCGACGAGUACUGGGGUCACAACGGUGCUCCAGGUUGUGGCGCGAUCAAAUGGGUACCAGAUGGCAACUCCGGGUUGGACUGCUAUUUCGUUCCCCGCGAUACGCACUAUGACAACGUCUUCCAACCGAUCUCCCAAGCGGGGACCGAUCCUAGGACGACCAUCUUGACCCGUCGAAAAUGCGAGGACAUCGACCGACCUGAUUUGGACCGCGACAAGAUCAGGCUCGAGCGUUACUACCCGAACAAGCGAGAGGCAGUCCAGCCCUUGUCACUAGCAUCGCGCCGUUCAGGAGGAACCCUGGAAGCGGCCUACUAUAGAGAGGCAGCCAUCUUUCCCGCGGACGGCCGCAACAUGACGGGCCCCAGGACCUAUGCCUACUGCACUUCGCUGGAGUGCUGUACGGCGGGUUGUCUCCAGACUCCCGGAUGUCGAGCGGUCUCGUUCAGGGUUCGAAACGUGUUCAUCCUCGAUUAUCCGGGGGAAUGCAAGUUUUAUUCGCAGGGGGAUGAUCAGCUUACGAUCGGCACGCCAUCGUAUGAUUUCCGUCCGAUGACGAAGCAGGUCGUCAUCAUGGAACCCUGUGCCAAGGUCACUGCCAAACAGAGCAACGACUACGCCGUGAAUGGGUACAAGUGCCGCUCGUUCUACCCUCUCACGACGCGAACUUCGCCGUUGCCGUUCAGAAAACGAGCGACCAUCGAUCCCGGCGCCGGUCUGGCACCUUUGCCCGAGGUGGACUCGAUCUUGGAGCUUCCCGAGGUGGUAGCAGGUCUGGAGACGGCCAAACAGUUGGCGGCUGCGCAAAACGAUACCGGGUUCGUCGCCGGCGGAAUCUCGCUGGUCGACAUUACGGGCAAGUACGCGCUCGCUCCCGCUGCCGACGGUACCCUCUAUCUCAGCUAUGCGGGUCAGACGGCGUCGUACAAGUUUGCCGCCAUGGCCAAUCGAGCGGUGUUUGGCGACGACCAGGCGAGCGUCCUGUGGUUUUACCCGGACACGAUGUCGACGUUCGGUAUCAGUCGACUCAGGUUCGGACCCUAUACCAAGACCCCGAAGCGGUCGCAGCAAGUCACUCUGAUGCCGAUCAACGCCGACGGACAAGCCAACACGCCCGGAACGUACGUCGCGGUGGAUGGCAUGGGCAAGUCCUACUUCCUCGUCGCCUGUUCGAUCGACAACAGGCAGACCAAGAUGUUCCUCGUCGACAACGUGAAUAUCGGAUUGAACGCCUUGCAGACCGAAGAGGCGCAGUAUACGGUGACGGGAGGACCCACAUCGGGGUGUGCUGCCGUCCUGUUGCAAUCGGUCGGUUUCGCGGGCGUCUGAGUUGGGGUCUAGGGGUCGUUUCGGGUUUCCUAGAUAUCGGGUUUUACGGUCCAGAAAGGACUUGUUGUAGGAAUGUUUGAAGGUUCUGCCGGGGUGCAGUUAGAUGAAUUAGAUGUUGAAUUUUGGGCAAGAGGGAGACAAAUUUAUUAGCAUGUUAGUUGAUUGAUUAGGGAAAUAUACGACCAUUGUCCGCAUGCG